CGGCGCCUUCCUGCGGCCGCCGCUCCCGCUCCGCCGCCCCGGCCCGGCCAUGCCGCGCCUCCUCCUCCUCCUCAUCUUCCUCCUCCUCGUCCCGCACCUCGGCCGCGCCACCGCCCCCAGCCCGGGGAACAGCACGGAGCCGCCGCGGGCGGCCACACGGAACGAGACGCAGUCGGGAACGGAGCAGGAGUCCGGGCCGAGGCUGUCGGUGGGGUCGGGGCUGCCGGUGCUGAGGCGCGCCGUUUAUGUGCUGAGCGCUCUGUCGGCUCUGGCCGCGUUUUACUUCAUGCUGCGGGCGUUCCGCCCCAGGUCCGAGGGCCCCAGAAACGAGCCCAAAACUCAUUUCAGGUUGAAGAAGCCCCAGAGGAAGAAGUACGGGCUGCUGUCGAGCCAGGACGAGAACAUCGAGCUGGGCUCCCUCGACAGUGACGAGGACACCGUGUUUGAAAGCCGGAACCUGAGGCGAUGACUCAGCACCAAUGGAACUGGCUGCCUGGAAUGAUGGAGGGUCCAAUCCCAGUGGAAUCUCUAGUGCUCAAGUUUUAUAUCUGCUUACAGUGACUUAACUAACAGUCUGAGCCCUUCCAUAGCUGGGGCAGGGGAGAGGGGACCAAACCUGUUUUCUUCACGUGCAUUCUUGGGGAUGUUUCUGGGCAAAGAUGGGAGCUGUUCACUGCAUGGGGAGAGGCUUGAGGUAAAGGAGAUGCUCUUGGAUGAUUUUCAGCACCUGAAAUCCGAGCUCGAGAGCUGCCCCUGUGCCUCAUAUCCCUCUCUCCUUGCCCUGGAAGCAUCAGAUUCCUUCUCCAGGCUGAUCCUCUUUCCUUCAUGCAAUAUCAGGUUACUUCUUUGGGAAGUGUCUCUGUAAUCAGCUUCUGGGAGGAGCUGUGAGAGCUCUGGCUCUGUUACACGAACGGGGGUGGGAGGGUGAUAGCUCAGACAGAGCAGCUUUGGGAAGGAGUUAAACGAGUUACGUUUUGCAGGAUUGGCAAAUUACUGGGAUAAUCCAGGUCAUUCACGGGUUUACAGAAAUGAAAGGGGCCAAAACCCAAAGGAAUCUUUCUCCAAAAGGGCUGGGAAUGCCUGGACUCUGCCCAGCCCCAGCUGUGAGUUCACCAGGGACACGUGUGACAUCUGCCAAGCUCUGGAUACCUGAGGAAGAGCCAGAUGUGGGCCAGGGAGUGUCUUGGAGCAGCUGAUGACUGGAAAAGGGGGACCCCAACCCCUCUUGACUGUGAUUCAGGGCAGCCCUGGAUGAAUUCUCUCCUUGAGAGGACCCUGGAGUUCCAUUCCCUUGGCUGGUACUCUGCUGGCAUCUUUCCUGCAGCCCGUUGUUACGUGGAUAUUUGGGAUCUGAUGGUGUAGGACCAAAGGUGAAUGUGUCAGGAGGUGGUUGUUGGGUGGAUCUGCUGCUAAAUCGGUGAAAACUGCUCACCAAUGCUUCUGUCUGUGGCCUUUCCUUGAAAACUGGCAGCACAUCCUUAAAUCCCACUUCCCCCCAAGCUGGCAGUGCCUUUGUUUGGAGAACCCGAGGGAUUUGCCCUGCGGGCAGGGAGGGUCCCUGUGGCACAUUUAGGGUGAAAAAUGAGGAUAUUUACCUUUAGGGUGAAUCUUUGGAGUGUCUGGCUCCUUUCCUUUGGCUUGCAAAUCCCCUGUGGAUCAGGGGCACCGGUGACUCUUGGAGAAGGGACAGGGAUGUGCUGAUCCUGAUCAGGGGGAGGCUGGGCGCUGGCAGAUGCUGCAGAAUCUGCUGAGGGAGUGCUGUGAUCCUGUGCAAGCAGCAGUUUGUCUGUCAGGACAGGUGAGGUUUCCUGGAGAAAUCCCACCCCCGUGGCAGCUCUGUCUCGCAUGUGCACAGAAGAUUUUAAAACACACACAUAUAUUUUUUAAUAACAUUGCCAUGUGCACACAGCGCUUGCAUGUGCCCUCUUUUCCCGUCUUUUGGAUCCUUUCACACCUAUUUUGGGUGUUCCCUGCUUUGUGGCUGCUGCAGAUGGGAGCAGGCAGAGGUUCCAUGUGGGGAUUGCUGGGAUGGCUGAAAAACAACUGGAAAUCUACUGGAAGAUCCAACUGGGGCAAAGAGACCUAAAACAAAAAUAUCAAAUACACGUGGAGGAACUCCCCUCUUGUUGGGCAGCUGGGGUUUGCAAUUCUCAAGUUUCCUCACCUCACAGGAGUGGAGCAUUUGUUUUAAUGUUAAAUUAUUCAGAUCAGAGGGAACCUCAAGCACCUUGAAAAUAAUUCUGCUGGAAUUAAUUUUGUCUGGAACAGAUGUUUGUGUUUGAGCAGGGAAAGGCGUGGAGCAGGUGAUGAGGUGCCUGGGCUGUGCUGUGUAGAUACCAGAGAAAGAAAUUGAGGUGCCAACCUGGAAUUUCUACACCACUGCCAUGUUUUUAGAAUCUUGCUGGCCACCUUUAAAGGGUGCAGGGUACAAAGGUGCUUGUGGGGCUGUCACUUGUCCUGGUCUUGGGCUGAGGACAGGCUGGAGCUGUAAUCAGGGACCCUGUGAAGCUGUUUCCACUUCCAUCCUGCCCCUCAACAGCAGUUGGCAUCUGGAUUUGCCCUUUGCAGGCCGUGACAUUCCAUCCCUGCUCUGCUCUGAGUCCUUGGAGACCUUUUUUAAGAAGAGCAAACCCAAGUGACAGAUCUGAGACUCCUUGGGGUGCUCAGCAUGAUCCCAUUUCUCCAGGAGGAAUCAGCUGGAUCUGGCACUUCCUGCAGUGUGGGUAGGGCCAGGCCAGGGGGUUUUGGGGUGGAUCCUGCAAAUAACAGCAGCUUUGAACACCUCCUGUGACAUUUCCACUAAGGAGCAGUUCAGGUGCUCCUUCCACGACUCUUUCAGUUCCUCCACGUGUAUUUGAUGUCCCAGUUGGAUCUUCCAGUAGAUUUCCAGUUGUUUUUCAGGCUAAACACAGGAAUGCAAAUGGAGCUGCCUGUAGCUGGCCCUGGGCAAGCUGAGGCCUCAGCAGCCACUGCUGCACUUUUCUUUCUCCUGGAUGCAUCAGGGUGUUGGUGGAGGCUCCAUGUGCCUGUUGGUCUGCAGGAUUCCUGCUCAUCCCACCAAAAGGAGCCAACAGACCACGACCUGUUACAGUCACCACCUGUGUGCAUUGUGACUGACUGCAACAGUCUGCUCUGAAUGAAACCAAAUUUUGCAAAGUUUACAUAAUCCCUCUGAUAUCUUGGAGGCUUUCUGGGAUGCUCUGCUGCUGAUACUGGGCUGCCCAAACCUACUGGGCCAUCUGCAGGGUUAAUGGGAUGCAUGGGAACGGGGUGAGAUCAGCUCUGGUGGUUUUGUUCUGUGCCUGGGGUGGGACCUGCAGCCCUGCCAGGGUCUGUGCCUGUGGUGGGAGUCAAUAAACAGCACUUGAGUACAUUGUUGUCUGAACUCCCCAAGGAGCAGCUCGUGUUUUGCCCUCCUGGAACUGCUGAUCUGUCUUUAAACAGCCACUGGCCAUGGUAUUGAUCCAUGGUUUUCUUGUCAUUACAGCAUCCCCUCCCUUGUACCUGGAACCACUGGAAUAAAGAAUUCCAGCCCGCCCAUCCCUCCCUGCUGUGUGCAUGGGCUGCUGAGCCUGUGGGAUGAGGCUGCUGUGGUGAGCUCAUGGAUUUAUGGGGUCCUUGGGGUCUUCCCCCUGCUCGCAGGGCAGUGACACUGUGCUCCCAGAGCUGCUGCUCACCUUGUGUCCUGUCUGGAAGUGUCCAAGCCCAGGUUGGAUUGAGCUUGGAGCCACCUGGUCUAUGGAAGGUGUCCCUG